AUGGAGCUAAGUAUGUUAAUCAUCCUGUCCAUUGCAUCGGUUCUUUUAAUUUCAGCCAUCUUCUUUCGGCAUUCAUGGACCUCUCCAAAAGCAAUGGAGGUGAUCCCAGGCAGCCUUGGCUGGCCUGUUGUAGGGGAGAGCUUCUCUUUCCUAUCCGAAUUUUCGAGUCCGUCUGGGAUUUUCAACUUCAUGAACAAGAGGCAACAGAGGUAUGGGAAAGUAUUUAAGACUUACGUACUGGGGAGAUUUACUGUUUUCAUGACUGGGAGAGAAGCAGCCAAGAUUUUGCUAACAGGGAAAGAUGGGAUGGUGAGCUUGAACCUGUUCUAUACCGGCAAGCAAGUGCUCGGUCCCACGAGCUUGCUUCAACAGAAUGGGGAGGCACACAAGCGGCUUCGCAGGCUCAUAGCAGAGCCCCUCUCGGUGGAUGGCCUAAAGAAAUAUUUCCAGUUUAUGAACAAUCUGGCCAUUGAAACCUUGGAUACAUGGAAUGGGAGAACCGUCUAUGUUCUUGAAGAGGCUUCCACAUUUACACUCAAGGUCAUAGGCAAUAUGAUCAUGAGCUUAGAGCCCCACGGUGAUGAGCAAGAGAAGUUCAGAGCUAAUUUCAAGCUCAUUUCUUCUUCAUUUGCAUCCUUGCCGUUCAAAAUUCCGGGGACAGCUUUUUAUCAUGGCAUCAAGGCUCGCGAUAGGAUGUAUGCAAUGUUAGAUUCGAUUAUUUCCAAGAGGAGAAAUGGAGAGAGCUUUCAGCAGGACUUCUUAGAAUCCCUAAUAACGAAACACAGCAAAGAUGGUGCUGAAGGAAUACAUGAUGACAGUAAACUGACGGACAAACAACUGAAAGACAACAUAUUAACCCUCCUAGUUGCAGGUCAUGAUACAACAACCGCAGCAAUCACAUGGCUCAUGAAAUUCCUUGAAGAAAAUCCCACAGUUUUGGAACGUCUUAGGGAGGAACACAGGGAAAUUAGAGAGAACAGGAAGGAUGGAUCAAGUCUUACCUGGCCUGAAGUCAACAACAUGCCUUACACUGCCAAAGUGAUCAGCGAAACUCUUCGCAGAGCCACAGUCCUGCCUUGGUUUUCAAGAAAAGCUGCACAGGACUUUGAGAUUGAUGGAUACAAAAUCCAGAAAGGCUGGUCAGUCAACUUGGAUGUAGUUUCAAUUCACCAUAAUCCAGAAGUUUUCCCCGAUCCCUAUAAAUUCGACCCUUCCCGAUUUGAUGAACACAUAAAACCUUUCAGCUUUCUUGGGUUUGGUAGUGGACCACGUAUGUGUCCUGGAAUCAACCUCGCCAAGCUGGAACUCUCAAUCUUCAUUCAUCACCUGGUCUGCAGAUACAAGUGGCGACCUCUGGAGAAAGAUGACUCUGUCCAGCCAACCCUCGUCAGGAUGCCACGGAACAAGUAUCCAAUUGUGGCUGAGCCUCUGUAAAUCAAUCUUCUAAAGCGACUCUCCAAGCAUAGCUGCAGACUAGAUAGCGAGGAGAAGCAUAGC